AUUGUUUUAAAUAUGAGGUUUUUUAGUAACUAUUGUAACAGCAAUGUCCGUUUGAUUGGAAAAACUGUAAUUAUAACAGGUGCAAAUUGUGGAAUUGGGAAAGAAACAGCUAGGGACAUAUAUAGAAGAGGUGCUCGAGUGAUUUUAGCAUGUCGUGACAUUAAUAAAGCAACAGAAGCAGUGAAUGACAUAAAAGAAACUACAUCAAGUGCCAGUGAAAAAAACCCUGAAGAUAAACCAGGACAAUUAGUAAUUUGUCAGUUGGAUCUCAGUAGUUUAACAAGCGUUAAGAACUGUGCACAGCACCUUUUAAAAACUGAACCGGCCAUCCACAUAUUAAUUAAUAAUGCAGGAGUAUUCUUGCAUCCAUUUGAAAAAACUGAAAAUGGUUUCGAGACUCAUAUUCAAGUGAAUCAUUUGGCACAUUUUCUUUUAACACUUCUACUGUUACCAAGAAUAGUAGAAUCUGGACCAGGUUGUAGAAUAAUUAAUGUUUCAUCAGCUGCACAUUUGGGUGGUAAUAUACAUUUUGAGGAUUUAAAUUUGGAACAUUCUUACUCACCUGUUAAAGCUUAUUGUCAAAGUAAGCUGGCCAAUAUUUUAUUUACUAAAGAAUUGAACAAAAAGUUAAUCGCAGCUGAAAUUCAAGGCAUACACGUAUAUUCUUUACAUCCUGGAGUAGUGAAAACAGAAUUGUGUCGAUAUAUGGAUGCAUCGUUUUUUCGAGGUAUGACAUCAAUUGUAAGGUUGAUCCAGCCUUUCAUGAAAACUGCCGAACAGGGUGCUCAAACGACUUUAUAUUGUGCUGUAGACGAAAAUGCAGGAAAAGAAAGUGGUCUAUACUAUGACAACUGCAGAACAGCAAGUCCCUCGUCAAAGGCUUGUAACGCUGAAUUAGCAACCCGAUUGUGGAAACGUAGUUGUGAAUUGCUCGGUUUGCCAUCGGAAGUAGGGUUUCAAGAACUACUAAAAACAAUCAGUGAUGAAGAAGUUGAACAAUAAAAAUAUGUUUAUAUAGAGAGAAUUUAUACAAAAAACGAAGAUAUUUAGAGACCAGAUUCUGAAGAUCAAGUCGGAAUGUCAAUAGUAUCAUAUGAUUGGAAUGCUUUCGAUUACAACAUUCACAUCGUGAGGUCGCUCAAUUCAUGAUUGAAAUGUGUUUCAUGUAGUGUAAAAGACAAGAAAUAAGGAACGAAGUACGUCUAUAACUAUGUCUCAAGUUACAAUUGAAAUUACAAUUUACUCUUUCUUUUGUGUAUUUUAAUUGUACGUCUAUCGUUAGUUACGGGUAUACAUUAACUGUUACGAAUGGUGUAAGAUGUUACAUUUCAUAUUUCUGAAAAUAACAAUUAUUUUGACAAUAAAAUAAUUUCGUUUUAAU